AAUAGGAGAGAAAAAUAGAAUCUAAUGCAAUGAAAUUUAAUAGGGGCCAACCGGGGCUUAGUUUUAUUACAUAAGGGUAUCCUUAUCGAUUUAGAAAUACAUCUUCUUGCAUAAUCUGUGAUGCAUUUCUUAAUAUUAUAUAUGAGUAAGCACAUGAAUACCUUAAAUCGCUCCAAUAACCUAUUUCUGCCGUCACCUUCACGAGACCUUUAUUUCAGCCCCUUCCCUCAUUUUAAUGCAUGAAUUCUAUGACUUUAUGCUUCUUGGACCGAUAAAAGGAUCAUUUUUCUGUUGACUUCUCAUCCACACGUACACUCACAUAUACGACAAAGCCCAGUGAUCAAUCAGAGGUGAUAAUAAACACGUAAUUCAGAAGCAACCAAUGAAUUUAUAUUUACGUAAACGCAGCCCCAUAAUCAAACGAGAAUACAUUCCACUUCUAAUCCAUUUCUUCUUGCAAUUUCUAGACUUUCAAGAAAAUCUAGUAUCAUACCCGGUACCACUGUUCUGUCUGCUUGUAUACUGCCAUAGCCCAUUUAGGCAAACCGUCGAACAUGUUGAGCGCAUCGUCUUCAGAGGACGACGGCAUAAUCCAUAUCACAUUCUCGUACGACACUAACAUCAUGCUAGCUGCGAUUGUUUCUUUGCUUGUAGUAGUUCUCUUUGUUUUGUUGUUGCAUAUAUAUGCAAAAUGGUUUUUAGCUCAAGCCCAUCAUAGAGGUGGGACAUCAGUGCCGGUUCCGCAAGUAUUGGGGGCUCGGUUUCAUACAUUAACAGUUGAUACGAAUUCCGCUAUAUCUCCAUCCAAGGGUCUUGAAUCUUCAACUAUUUCUUCAAUUCCACUAUUCGUGUUCAAAGCAGAAGAACACAAACAUGGACUGGAAUGUGUGAUCUGUUUGAGUUUAUUUGAAGACGAAGAAGUUGGGAGAAGAUUACCAAAAUGCGAUCAUGCAUUUCAUGUUGAAUGCAUUGAUAUGUGGCUCCAUUCUCAUACAACAUGUCCAAUUUGUCGAGCUCCCGUUUUAUCUGACACUACAAAUUCUGCAGAUUCAAGUUCGCCACAAAACGAAGAAAUUCUGAAUCAGUGGUUAUCAGAGACGAAUCUAAAUGAAUUGCGGAUCAGCAAUGCGGAUUCUAUAUUGGAAAUUAUAGUGGCGGAUUCCAAUUCAGAAAUCGAAAAUGUAAAGAUAAGUGAUUCAUCAUCGUCCAUCGGAAGCUCCCUGAAGAGAAUGUUUAGCAGGAACAAAUCUGAGCGGAAGUUUGAUUUACCGAGCGACGGCAAUGAAUCAAAUAUUUGAAUGUUUAUGUAUGUGGUUUGUUUUCUUUACACUUGCUUCUGUAGAUGAACGUAAAAAAAAAAAGGUAAAAUGAAACAGAAAAUAGAAAUCAGUAAUUCAUUUGUUAGCAAAUGAUUUUCUUUUUUCGGA